UUCAGAGAAUUAGGUUGAGAGAUGGGUGAGUCUAAAACGAAAAGCACGCAGGCUAGAGGCGAGGCGUGAGUCGGCGGUGGCAUCGGUGACAUGUCUGACUCUUUGGCGCAAGUGUCCGUGCGCUGAUCCCACCGCCGCCGCCGCAUGUCAUGCAGCCCGCCAUGCAGCCCCACCCCUACUUCUCUUCUGCCCGACUCCCUCAGGAUAUUUUUAGCGCUGAUGAUGUGCCCUGUCAAAUCACGUAACGGAAACAGCCUCAGAGCUGAAGAACGGAGCUGCUGCGGAGGGCUCGUUUUUAUUGUGAUCUGCAGCAGGGCGCCGGAUGAGAUGGAGUUUGAAAUUAAUUUGGUGUUUUGCGUGCUGGCGGUGCUUACCGGCUCAUCGCAGGCAAGAGGCCAGAGCAGUUCUGUGCCUCCUGUCUUCACCUCGACCGACCUCCUGCCCAUUCACGAUGGAGCAUCUCCUGACCUCAAGACGGAGGAUCCUGGACACGAAAGCCACCAGCAGACACACAGUAAUCCUCCAGGGAUGAACGGAACGUCGAGCCAGGCCACAACCUUUAGUCAUUUAGAGACCGUGACCGAGGUGUUCCCCGCAGGCUCUGCAGCACCUUCACCCCAGCACUCAAACACAUCUGUCGUCACGGCCGCCCACCUCAGCACCCCAGCUGCCGCAGACAGCCUUUCAUCAGCACCGACUCUUCUGAGCACGACCCCUCUGCAGAGCAUCCCAACUACUGAGGACAGCACCCUCCUGACCAGCCUGGCCACCUUUUCAUCUCCGUCAACCCACACAGAGCAGGAUGCCAGCUCCACAGCCCCCGCCUCAACCACACAGCUAGCGGCUGAAUUUUUGACAACCACCGCCACGCAUGCUGCAGGGCGCCGCCAGACCACAGGUCCAGGCCAGGGCCUCACAGGGCCAACACACCAGGACGUUCCAUCUGAACUCAAUGUCGGGGAUGAAGAGCUCAAGAGGUCCCACCUCCGCUCAAACUCCCCUCUGGACCCCCUGCUGGCUGGUCUGCUGUCAGUGUUCAUUGUCACCACUGCCAUCGUAUUUGUCGUUCUCUUUCUCAAGUUUCGCCAGAGGACAAACCACCCAGAGUUCCAUCGGCUGCAGGACUUACCCAUGGAUGACCUGAUGGAGGACACGCCCCUUUCCAGGUACACCUACUGAUGGAAAGCUCCAGUCCUGUCACUCACUCCCACUCCUCCACUAAGAGAACAGAAGUAAAUCAAACACCAAAGGAAGACCACUUUGGAUGUGAGCAACACCUUUACCUGGAAGCAUCUCUCCUGAUGAGUUUCCCCUUGUGACUGAGAGUUCAGUGUUAAAAUGGGAAUCUGUUUAAAUGGUAGGUUUCAGGGUCACUUCGGCUUUCUUCUACAUUCCCUUUAUCGUUCUGGAGACCUUCAGUCUGGUGGUAGGGUUUAGUUUUAUUUUUUUUGUCUCCAUGAAUUCAUAGCACCGCUGCACCUCUGACUCCUUUACAUACGCACAGCACUUUAAUGUGGUAGAAAUGGUCACACUGCCCUCUAGGGGACAGCUGAGGUAAUGUGGAUCAAGGUGGCAUGAGGUCAUCCAUGGUAUAGUAGACAACCUCAGGUUAUAAAGAAACAUGGAGACUGAGUGAGGACAUGAAGUGCUUUGGAACAGAUGAGAAAAUGAACCUUAAACAGUGAAGGAAUGUUAAUUAUGAUCCCUUAGGUGACCAAAUCUUAGCAAAGUGCACUUUUAACCAAAUUGUCUUAAAAGCUGAGGUCUCGCAGAAAGUCUGUGCAAAAAUGAAAAGAAGCCAUAUCCUUGGAACAACAGAAAUCAGCCAUCUUACAGUAAAAGCCUCUCAAAUGUAUUAACCAAGCCAACCCCAAUUAUAAGUGGAAUAUAUUUAUCGUGGUUAGAGGUGCUAUGGAGCUUGUAACUUCAUGGUCUGAUGCUGGUAUAUAAACCUUGAAUUUGGUAACUCUGUUUUUGAUAGUGAAUGUUUAAUCCAACAAUGAGAUGGGACCCUGCUGCUCUAAAGUAACACUUUGAGUAAUGUUAAUGUUGUAAAAGUCAUAUUUAUAAAGGAUGAGACAGAGAGAGCACCAGUGGAGAUUUAAAGGAUGUUGUUACCUGUAUCUACAUUAGGUGGAGAACCAUGCAAACGUGCUGGAUCGGAGCUGUUGUAUCAGUUUAAACCUCGUGUUACUUUGCUGUCAAGUUAAACAGUGAUGUAAGAUAAUAUGCCACUGAAAUGUUGAAGAACUUAUUUCCCAUUUGAUAAUAAAACAGAAACCACUAUUAAA